UUCCAGACCCGCCACCACUUUCUCUUGGCUCUUCCCUCACAUCUGGCAGCUAGCCUGAAGCUCCGCAGCUGAACAAGCGAAGCAGCAGCAAGAGCGAAGAGGAGCUCCAUGGGAAACACCCUCGGCCUCGGCGCCGGCGCCGGCCUUGGCCUCGGCCUCUGCUUCGGCGCCGCGGCUCUGAUGCAGGCUGUUGGAGCAAACGCAGAACACCUGAACAAGGGCAGGGAGGCACAUGCCAACAGAGUGGUGACUCCUCAGCGUCAAUACAAUGUUCAUAGCGCCGAGGACAUCGACGAGUCCUCUGCCGAGCGGCUGUACGACGCGAUGAGGUACGCCAAGGCCAACGCGAUGCUGAUCCAGGUCCCGGUGUUAGGAACAGCGAAGAAGUUCUGGCGAUUAUCUGACAAAGCGACUAGGAUUAGCAGAAAACUUGCAUUGAUACUGAGCAGCCAGCACAAAAUUGGCAAGUAUCUCACUGCACCUCUGCAGUUGUCCGAUGUCUGGAUUGGUAACAAUGGGAGUGUCAAGCUGAGAGGGGUCAGUUUCACUGCUAGAGGCUUCAGUAUUGAGCGUGUGAGAGAUGACUACAAGUACCUGGCCAAGGUCCUGAUUGAGUUGAUUAAAUUCUCGGGUGGGGAUAUCAACAAUUUGCCUCCGGACUACAGGGAAUUCUUGCUGCUCAUUGGGAGGGGCACCGUUACAAUGAGAGAUGAAUUAUUGAUUGUAAACAACGUUGCGCUUCUGCCAAUGGAAAACCGCACUGAGGUCUUCCUGAUGCUACACGAUAGAAUUGUGAAUUAUCGUGGUCGCGAAGACGAAGCAAAGAGGAAGAGAAUACUCUCUAAGCUCCCCUACAAGAAGGACUGGUUGGAUACUGCCAGGGCAAAUGCAAGAAUCAACGAGUGGGUCACCUUUCCAAAAAAAGGAAUGAACCAAGGGGUUGAAAAUGUUCGCGAGUACAGAAGGACUCCGUUUGAUCUACUGCGGCUCAACAGAAAUAUAAGAUGCCACUUGCAUCAGCAUAACAAUGACGACAUUGAGGAAACUCUGUAUUGCGAAUGGCCCGAGCUGCUCAUGGUCAUGGAAAAGAUGUUAUACUUGGAAGGUGAGCUCGUUGCCACUGACAUCCAAAACAAGUUCGGCUAAUCAGUCCUACUGCAAAACAGACGUUUUAUGCAUUUCCUGCUGUUGUUAAGCUACAGUUCUUCGAUCUUCAUUGCGAAAGUUUCUUGUGAUGGAUUGAUGGUUUAUGUAAUAGGCUUGUUGCUUGCUUUCUUCAAUUCAAACAACUUUUAAGGUAAAGCUGGACCAGGAUUGUAAAACUAUAUAUGCUGUAAAAUGUUACCUUAAAACUCUAAAAACUAACUAUGCUUGGAUUGCAUCAGUAAGGGACACUGCAAGUGCUAGCAUACUAUUCAAAAGCACUUUCAGAGAUAUUAAGGUCCUUAAGAUA